UUGUUUCCGCUUCCGGCUUAGUGCACACACGUGUGACAUCGCUCACUGCAUCCCCAGCACUGGGGUAACGAUUUCCCUGCAGUGUAGUGUAGUUGAAACUCGCUGCAAUGGGGAAAACUGCUGGGGCAAAGAAGGGGAAACAGCUCCCAGCAGCCAGCAUCAAAGCCCGCGGUGAGGUCAGAAAUAAUCCGUUCGAAGUGAAAAUAAACAAACAGAAAUUCAAUGUGCUGGGAAGAAAAACCAAACACGACGUUGGACUGCCCGGGGUGUCCAAAUCCAAAGCUCUUAAAAAGCGUAAAGAAACCAUUUUACAAGAAUACAAACAGAGGGGGAAAUCCAGCUUGUUUACCGAUAAGCGUUUUGGAGAAUAUGACACUAAACUCACCCCAGAAGAGAAGAUGAUGAAGCGGUUUGCUUUGGAACGUCAGCGAACUAGUGAAAAGAAAAAUCUGUAUAAUCUUAAUGAAGAUGAGGAGUUGACACAUUAUGGGCAGUCAUUGGCUGAAUUGGAAAAAUUGAAUGACAUUGUAGAUAGCGACAGUGAUUCAGAGGAGCGUGGCGCUCUUUCAGCUGAACUGACAUCUGCCCAUUUCGGAGGUGGAGGUCUUCUUAAGAAAAAAACAGCAUCAGAUCAGAAAUAUGAAGAGAUGGAAAAGCCAAAAUCACGCAAAGAGCUGAUUGAGGAGAUGAUUGCCAAGUCUAAAGAGGAGAAGAGAGAAAGACAGACUCAAAAGGAAAAGACCUUGGAGUUGACUGAAAAACUUGACAGUGACUGGAAAACAAUUCAAGGACUCCUCUCUCACAAGGUUCCAAAAUCUGAGCGAAAGAAAGAGGAUGAAAAGCCAAAGCCUGACGAAUAUGAUAAAAUUGUUCGUGAGUUGGGCUUUGAGAUGAAGGCUAUGCCCUGUGACAGAAUGAAGUCUGAAGAAGAGCUGGCUAAGGAAGAGAAGGAACGGCUAGAGAAGCUAGAGGCUGAUAGGUUGCGGCGAAUGCGUGGAGAGGAUAAGGAAACAAAGAGGCCCAAACACAUAUCUGCAGACGACUUAAUGGAUGACUUCAUUAUCAAUAAAGAUGACCGCUUGAUGCUCUCAUACAAGGAUGGAGUAGCAAACCUUCCGUUGGCAGAGGAAGCAGAUAAAGAAGAUGGUGACAGUGAGGCAGAUGAGGAGGAGGAGGAGGCUGGAGACUCUGCUGAGGAGGAAGAUGAUGAUGAUGAUGAGGAGGAUGAGAGCGACUCGCCAGACAAUCAUUCUGACCUGGAGUCUGAUGCAGGAAGUGAUCAAGAUGAUGAUGAUGCAGAAGAUAAAGUUACAAAGAAAAAAACUAAAAGCAAAGAAGAGAAAAUAGCAGAUGCUAAGGCUGCAAAGGCCGAACUGCCUUUUACAUUUGGUGUGCCAGAUUCCUAUGAGCGAUUUCAGUCACUUUUGUCGGGAAAACCUGCUGAACAGCAGUUGGUUGUGCUAGAGAGGAUUCAGAAGUGCAAUCACCCCAGUCUCGCUGAAGGGAACAAGGAUAAAUUACAGAAACUCUUUGGUUUUCUUAUAGAAUACAUAGCAGAUUUGGCCUGCAGUGAUCCACCAGAUUUAAAAACCAUUGACAAGCUGGUUGUACCCCUGUACAAUCUGUGCCAGAUGUUCCCCGAGGCAGCUGCUGAAAGCGUUAGAAGUGUUCUGAACGACACUGCAUGCUCAUUGGAUCAGCUGAUAGAAGCCAAAGGCCGAACUACGUUUCCAGGGCUACCUGUGCUUAUUUAUCUUAAAGUUACUGCAAUAUUAUUUCCUACGUCAGACUUUCGGCAUCCCGUGGUCACACCAGCAAUGAUUAUAAUGAGCCAGUUACUAACAAAGUGUUCUGUGUCCUCAUUAGAAGACGUUGCUGCUGGGCUCUGUGUUUGCUGCUUGUUUCUGGAGUACGUGUCUCUGUCACAGAGAUUCAUACCUGAGCUAAUAAAUUUCCUCCUGGGUCUUCUUCACAUGGCAGCACCAAACAAAGAACCUACAGGUUACACACUGGUUCCACCGUUUAAGGCUCAUGGGAGGAACGCUAAGCUUUUGCUAGUUGAAAACAAGGAGGAUAUUGGUACGUGGGUGAAGAAAAGUUUACCAUUAGCAGCAAUAAAUGGCCUACAGCAAUGCAGCGAGUCUGAAAAAAAUCAUUUUAAGUUAACUUGUGUGGCUGUUUGUUUAGACCUGGUUAGAAGAUGUGUGGAUAUUUAUCGGUCUUUGCCACCUUUCCAGGAGAUAAUGAGCCCAAUUAAAGUACUUCUUUGUGAUCAUCUACCUCACAGUGAAUAUCCUGCUCAGCUGCAGGAGCUGCGUAUUGAUAUAUUGAAGGAAAUUGAAUGUCAUGGGAAGAAGCCUUACAAACCAUUAGUAUUUGAAAAGCAGAUGCCAGUACCAAUGAAAAUGUUUACUCCAAAAGUCAGGCCUGUGCUGGAUUUCGGCAGAAAGCAAAGCAGUAACAAAGUGGAUCAUGAGAGAAAGAAGCUGAUUCACAAACACAAGAAAGAAUUCAAGGGAGCCGUCCGAGAAAUACGUAGGGAUAACCAGUUCUUGGCCAGAGUGCAGCUGUCGGAGACCAUGGAACGGGAUGCUGAGCGGAAGAAAAAAGUGAAAGAACUAUUUAACAGUUUGUCAACGCAAGAGGGUGAAUGGAAAGCGCUAAAGAAGAGGAAGCGGAAGGGAAAGUAACGUGGGACAGAUGACUAUUUGGUUUAAACACCAAUGUCUGUUGGACUAUAAUCUAAAUACAGAAUUGCAGAGGACAUUAUAAAAGCAGCCACCAGUUUUUGGCAACAUUAAUAAAUGUUGUUUUUUUUGUUUGUUUUUAA